UUGCGUGCCAAGCUAGUGUUUAAUAUCAAGUUCAACGGUAGUCGUGUGUUAUUAACGUAAUAAUGAUGGGCAUAAUGGAAAGUGACGAUGAAAGAAUGGCUGUUGACUGGGGAUACUGCGAAAUUAACGGACCUCACUCAUGGGUAUCUAAGUUUCCUGAUGCGGCUGGAGAACGUCAGAGUCCAAUUGAUAUUUCCCCAGUUAGCGUAACAAAAUUCCAUACCGAAGAAAGGCUGCAAUGGAAAUAUGAAUCGGAACCAUCGACUAAAUUGGAAAACACUGGAGCUGCUUGGAAAGUUGACGUUAAAGGCGAAGGAUCAGAAUUAAAAGGAGGGCCUCUUGAGGAUGAAUAUGUUCUGGACCAAUUCCAUUGCCAUUGGGGAGAAACAAAUGACAAAGGAUCAGAACACACAAUUGAUGGUGAACCUUUUGCUGGAGAGCUUCAUUUAGUACAUUGGAACUCUGCUAAGUAUGCGACUAUUAAUGAGGCUGCAAGUAACCCAGAUGGCUUGAGCGUGUUGGGAGUAUUUUUAAAGCCUGGAAAGAAAAAUGAUGAGUUGGAAAAAGUAGUUAAAUACUUAGAUCAAAUCACGCAUAAAGGAGACGUUGUUGAAAUUCCCGAACCAAUUGAUCCAAAAUUGUUAAUUCCCAAAGAUACCGGAGGGUACUACACUUACCAUGGAUCUCUCACUACUCCUCCGUGUUCCGAAUGUGUUAUUUGGGUUGUAUUCAAGGAACCGAUAGAAGUUUCUGAUGAGCAGUUGAAUGCGUUCAGGCAAAUCAGGAAGUACAACAAAAAUGACGAAAUAUGUUGUGAUGCAAACUGUGAUGGAUAUGUAAAGAAGAAUUUCAGACCCACAGUACCUAUUGGGGAGAGAGAAGUAAAAGAAUGCAGACAAUAAAAUGUAUGGAAGUUAUGACGGAUUAUUUCACGUGUUCGCACAAUGGCCUAUGAUUGCAGAUGUCAGUACUUAAACGCUUUUUAGUAAAUUAAGCGCAGUAUGUUUAUGAAGUUACAAAAAAUUGCUAGUUAAAAUUACAGUUACCUAGGUAUAUGUUCUACAUUACUAAAAAUACCGCUGAGCCAUCGAGUCGUCGGCUCAAUGGCUCAGUGGGCUGUCAGACUUUCUUUAGUUUAAAUGGUUUAUUAGGUCAUGUUUCGCGGCACAAUGUAGUCAGAAAUUUUUUAAACACCAUAGUAUGAAGGGGGUCAGCUGAUGAGUGAGUAUUGCAAUGAGAGAUGAGAGGAUGUCGCUGCCUAGUGACAGUCAUUUAUAGAUUUUUACUAGAAAGCGCUAACAUAUUAGAAAACCGGAGGAUACUACUACAAAUAAAAUGAUUUCCGCAGCUUUCACUGUAUUAUUUCUCUUCGUUCUUCUCCCACUAUCUGUCUAUCCUGCCAAUCUCCAUCUUGUAGGUUUCUUUGUUUCAUGUUCAGGUUCUACUUUAUUUUUAAACAAUCAAGGUGUCUGCUUCUUCUUCCUCUUUUUAUCUAUUUAGUAUUUUGGUUCUUUCAGCGUCCUGAGUCCGUUCUUCUCACACUAUUGUAACAGGUUAGUGUUUUUAGUUCCAAAUACCAUCAUUACCUACUUAUUCUGUACCGAUUUGUCUUUCUAAAAUUUCUACUUAAAAUUCCAUCUCUGUUUAUUGAUAGGUCAUUAUUUUUUGGGAUAGUAGGCAAACGCUUCUUUAUAUUUCGGUUCUUUGAACGAUCAGGGAUCAUAUCAUAAGCAACACAACCGUAAUUUUCUUUAAUUUAUUAAAAAUACUUUUGUUUUUAAACAAUUGCGAAAAAAUCACUUGUAUCUGAACAUAUGACACAUAUAACACGUAUGAUUUAUGACACUUUACUCAUUCUUUCUUUAGCAGAUUUAUAAAGAGAUUGAUUUUGUGAGGAAGAUCUGGUCUGUAGAAGACAUAUCCCACCUAAAACCAUUUUAGCAUUCACCAAGGAAUACUUCCACGGGUGCACUUAGUGUAUACACUGUGCACACUUAUGCACAUUUUUGGUUUAUAACAUGCAUCCUUUGUUAAGAAAACGAAGCUUUAAAAUCUAUUUUAUUUAAUAAAUUAAAUAAGAUUUUAAGACAAUAUUCUGAUCUGUACUAUACUAUACAUAUAUCGUGAAAUGGUCUCGUCCAAUACUCCUACAAAUCUUAGUAAUAACAUAGAGUUGUAUGAGAGUUUAAGACAAUCUUUUUACAUGUAAAAUAUAGAGAAAUCAUGUGCAUUGAAAUAUUUUUUGUAGACAUUUAUUAUUAUACAAUUUAUACACCGUUAUAUUGGAGGAAGUGAAAACCAAUGCACUAUUUUGAUAUUUCACAAAAGCUUUUUAAUUUUUUAGUCAAAUUUUUAAAGGAUAUAAUUAUAUCAUCCGCUAUAAUCAUAAGAAAUUGAAAAUUAUUUAGUGUUUUCCAAAAGAGCUUAAUUAUAAACAGCUCGUGUUACUAUCUAUAAGGAGGCAUUCAAAGUUGUUUGGUAAGGCUUUUAUAUUCUAUCAUAAUAGAUUUAAAAUUAGUACCUUAGUUUGGAUUUCACUUCUUCAUUUGUAACUCAUAGUGUCUUAAUAUCGCUGUGCCUUUAAUAUACUCUGUAUAACGAUUUCGACCAAGGCACAAAGUAAAUAUGUAUUUUAAUAAAUAAUAUGAUUAAUU